AUGGUGGUGGCAGACAGGGGACUGUCGCGCCAGCCCCGAGGGAAGGAGGAGCGACUGCCCCCGCCCCCCGAUUCCGGGCUCCGCGGGCGCAGCAGGAACGCCUUCCCUGGGCUCGUCCAGCGUGGCCCCCCAACCCCGUGGUUCCGAGGGCGGGGGAACUCGCCCAGGCACCUCGGGCUUGGAGACGCAGGAAGCCGGCGCCUCCGAGCGACCCAAGCCCGCAACCUCUCCGCGCGCCCUCGCCUGCCUGCACCCGGCCAGACACCGAACGGAGCAGCAGAGAAAGGCGGCAGGCGGUGGACUUGGCCGCCGAGCGGCGCGCCCGGGCGCAGCGCACCGGCCCGGGAGGACUCGGCGAGCCGCGCCUUUCCUCCCACCCACCACUCACCUCCUCCCCGUUCCCCCUCCCCGGACCCCUGGCUUGCGCUCCAGCCUGCAGCUUUCUCGGGCUCCCGAGCCAGCCCCAGCGAUGCCCAGGGCAGUCUCCAGCCUUCCUGCUCGCUGAAGAAGCAGCAGCUGCAGACGCCGCCACCGCCUGCCCGCUCACUCGCUCGCUUGCCCGGGGGCCGACAGGGACUGUGCGACAGGAUCGUGCUCGGCGGAGGCUCAGGCUGCGGUGGCACGGCGGGGGGAAGGACCGCUCUGCCGGUGCCCCCAGCGCCCGUCGCGGCUGGGAAAAAGGUCUUCGUCCCCUGCCAUCAGCUGCUCCCGCCACGGACUCUCGGAGGCUGCGGGCCGCGUCCUGGGGCUUCCCAGCCGGCCGGAUCGGACUUGAGAAGGUGA